AUGCCGGCCAAGCAAUCAAGCACGGGGAAGCGGCCGUCUUCCCCAAACUCAUCACAGCCCGCCACCGACAACCCCUUCACCAGCCGAAACCACACCCGCAACAACCCCCAAGCCCUCUCAACCUUCAACAUCCGCAACUUCCUCACCCGCCGCACCUCCUCCGAGAUCCUCGCCGACCUAUCCCAAACCCGAACCUCCCCUCCCCCGUCGAGCCCGACUCCGCACUCGCCCCCCUCAACCCCGGCCUUCCGCACCCCGGAGAGCACACCCAGCACCCGCCGCCCCGAAACCACCACCCCGUCCUCCACCGCCUCCAAACGCAGCCUCGACACAGACGGCGACGUCAAGAUGCGCAACGGCGUCUUCACGACCCCCGAGCGCCUCCACAUCCAGCAGCGCCACGAGAUCCGCGCCGCCGUCCGCGACGCCUUCGAGUACGAGCGCGCGCGGCUGGCGGAGGAGGUGAAGCGGCGGGUUCUCGACGAGGUGGAGGGUUUCGUGCGGGAGAGGGUUGCUGGGGUGCUCUGCGCGGCGGUCGGGGAGCCGGCGGGGAGCGAGGUGGAGGAAGUGGUGGCCGUGAGGGAGCGGUUGGGGAGGAUGAGCGACGGGGCGAGGGGCGAAGACUCCUCCCCCGCCUCGUUCGAAAAGACCCUCUCCGCCCUCUCGGCCAAAAUCACCGACACCCAGUCCCGCCUCGACGGCGCGCGGGCGACCUCCCGUCGCAUCAGGGUUCUCUGGUCGCUGUAUCUCGCCUUCGCCUACCUCGUCUACUCCAUUGUCAUCUUCCUCGUCGUGGGAUGGAACGGCAUGGGCGUUUGGGAGUGGACGGGCGUCUGUGGAGGUCCCGUCGUAAUCUACCUCACUCGAACCACCGUCACGGCCUUUUUCAACUACCGAAUCGACUCGCUCUCCACCCGCCUCAAGGAGCAGCAGACUGAGCGGGCGAAGACGAUCCAGAAGCUCAAGGACGCCACCAAGUACGACUCCACUCUCGAGCUCCUCGAAAAGUACGGCGGCAGCGAGAACAAGAACAAGAAGCAGAAGCAAGGCGCGAGCGGCGACGACGAUAAGAAGCCGCGACAGCAGGUCCCGAGACACCAUGAGGGCAGCCGCACCAACAUGCCGCCGCCGCCGACGGCCAACAUCCAGCGACCUGGCCCCGGCUCGCCUCCCCCUGGCUUCCAGCAGCAGCAUCACCAACGUCCGCCUCAGCAGCAACCCAAUGGCCUCGAACCGACCGAAGAGUUCGCCCCCAACGCAUACGGUUCCGGUCAUCCCCCACCGCCGCCGCCACCUACUCAGUCGCAGCACUUUGCGCAGAUGGACGGCGUCAACUCGUCGCAUUGGUACGACCGCAUCAUGGACCUGCUCCUGGGCGAGGACGAGACGGCCUCCAAGAACAGGAUUGUCCUCAUCUGCGCGCGCUGUCGGCUGGUGAACGGCCAGGCGCCCCCGGGCACCAAGGCGCUCUCGGAGCUGGGGACGUGGAAGUGCAUGGGUUGCGGGGCGACGAACGGCGAGAUGGACGAGGGGAAGCGCAUCAUGAGGGAGGUCCUGGGAUCGCGCGCUGAGGAGAGCGACGUGCCGACCGGUGAGGAGUUUAAGGAGUCUGACGACGACGAUGAGGUGUCGAGCGUGGAGAUUAAGGAGGAGGAGGGUGAUGACGAUGUUCAUGGAGCCGGCGCAAAGACCACGGGGAGACAGGGAGCAUCGGGUACGACGAAGCGCAAGGGCAAGGGUGGAAAAUGA